AUGGGGACGGUCAGCGAGCUCUGCGCCUCCAGCUUUCAGGCCUUCCUCUGCCCCUCCGUGGCCACCACGGCAGCUCACCACCCCCAUCCCUCAGGCGGCGAUCACGGUCCCGGGGAUGGCGUCCCCGCGCCGCAGAAGGUGCUGUUCCCCGCCGAGCGGCUCUCCUUGAAGUGGGAGCGCGUGCAGCGGGUGGGCGCCGGGCUGCACAACCUGGGCAAUACCUGCUUCCUCAACGCCACGCUGCAGUGCCUCACCUACACGCCGCCGCUCGCCUGCUACCUGCUGUCCAAGGAGCACAGCCGUGCCUGUCACCAGGGAGGCUUCUGCAUGAUGUGCGUUAUGCAGAACCACAUGAUCCAGGCUUUUGCCAACAGCGGCAACGCCAUCAAGCCGGUGUCCUUCAUCCGAGACCUCAAGAAGAUUGCCCGGCAUUUCCGCUUUGGCAGCCAGGAGGAUGCGCACGAGUUCCUGCGUUACACCAUCGAUGCCAUGCAGAAGGCCUGCCUGAGCGGCUGCACCAGGCUGGAUCGCCAGACCCAGGCCACCACGCUGGUUCACCAGAUCUUUGGCGGCUACCUGCGGUCCCGUGUGAAGUGCUCAGUAUGUAAGAGCGUCUCGGACACCUACGACCCCUACCUGGAUGUGUCCUUGGAGAUCAGGCAAGCUGCAAACAUCGUGCGGGCACUGGAGCUGUUUGUGAAAUCAGAUGUGCUGAGUGGGGAGAAUGCCUACAUGUGUGCCAGGUGCAAGAAGAAGGUGCCAGCCAGCAAACGCUUCACUAUCCAUCGAGCCUCCAAUGUUCUCACACUCUCACUGAAGCGUUUUGCUAACUUCAGCGGAGGCAAAAUCACAAAGGACGUGGGAUACCCUGAGUUCCUGAACAUCCGCCCCUACAUGUCCCAGAACACUGGCGAUCCAGUCAUGUAUGGGCUCUAUGCAGUGCUGGUGCACUCGGGGUACAGCUGCCAUGCAGGACACUACUACUGCUAUGUGAAGGCCAGCAAUGGGCAGUGGUACCAGAUGAAUGACUCCCUUGUGCACUGCAGCAACAUCAAGGUGGUCCUCAAUCAGCAGGCCUACGUGCUAUUUUACCUGAGGAUCCCUGGCCCCAGGAAGGGCUCAGAGGGGCCCAUUGCCAAAGCCAGCCCCAGCCACUCACCUGUUGUUUCUGAUCAGACCAAGAGAACCGCAACCAACGGGCCCCUGCCGUCACCGCUUCUGGGCCGGAGCCCCGAGGUGCUGCCGGGCAGAAAGCUGUCAGGGCCAGAGGAGAUUGGGGUGCCGGUGGCCCGCAGCUCGCUGGGUGCAGGGCCAAAGCUGUCCAAUGGCUCUGCACCACCAAAGCCACCCACUGGGUCCCCGUCACCCAAACUGCCCCUCAGAGCCACCCAGGUGACACCGAGUGAUGACACAGCCCGAAGGCCCAAGAAAACGCCGUCCCUACAGCAGCCUCCGGCACCAAAAGCAUCUCCGGGCCCAUGCGGCUCCAGCACCGCAGAUCCACCCCAGCAGAGCCCCGGGGACAGCAUGCAGUCCCCCACCUCGCCCAGCCCCGGCACCCCACAGCGCAGCUCCUGCAGCAGCGCAGCCCCCAGCCCCGCACACACCGCAGCGGGGGAUGCAGCCAAAGCGACCCCAAAGGCCAAGAGCGGGGCAGGCAGCCUCGACCCCUCUCAGGACACAGACUGUGGCGCAGAUCUCCCCGAGGGCUCCAGGCUGACGAAGCUGAAAUCCGCUGCGCUGGAGCCGGGCAGCACCACAUCACCACCCCCAGCCAAGAAGCUGGCACUGUCUGCCAAGAAGGGCAGCACCCCACGGAGGGCGAGCGGAAGUGACGGCCGUGUGCAGCCUGCUGGCCUUGCCUUCGCCACGGCCACUGCCCAGCCCUGGCCCUGCAGCAGGCCCAGGCUGCCCUCCGCUCUCCCCCUGCCCAGCCCUGACACACCAGCCUUCAGCUUCACUCCCAGUGCAGCCCCCCAGCUCCCAGCCUCCCCCCUGACCAAUGGGGCCCACCCCUCUCAGCACCAUCCCACCCUCAGCGGGGAGCAUGGACCCAGCCCUAUGUCCACCAAAAAGAAGCAGAGAAAGCAGCAGCAGUCCAAAGCGGGAGGCAGCUCGCAUGUUAUGGCUGUGAAUGGCUGUAAUGAAGGCUGCAGCCCCCCGAGGAAGAGGAGGAACAUCGCUCCAGAGGGCUCUAUCCCAGGGAAGGAGGCGGCUGGCACAGGCAGGGAAGAGCAGGGCCCCAGUGGUUCUCCCAGCAUGGAGCCCAUCUCCCCCCUCAAGAAGAAGAAGAGGAAGAGAAGGCUGCAGGAGACCGAGGAGCGCUCCUCUGGGGCACAACCCUUGGGCAGCUCCAGGAGGGCUGACACAGAGCCCUUGUGGACAAAGCAGCAGCAGAGUCCUGAGCCCAGUGAGGGAGAGAGUGAGCAUCGGAAGUGCAAGCAGAGGGAAAGUCUGGGCAACGUGACCUCAGAGCAGCCAGCUGCCAUCUGUGCCCCAGCAGCAGCAGCGUGUACAUGGGACAGCCUGGCCAGACAUGGAUGCAAACACGGUGCGGCUGCCCCAAGCACUGGGGUUGGCACACAGCCCCACAGCCCGGAGCGCAGCGUAGUGGAGGAGCUGCUCAGAAAUUCCUUGGACAAAGCUUAUGGCAAGCAAGUCUUGACCUGGGAGGGUGAGGUGUCAGCUGUCAGCCGCGAUGCCAUGCGAGAUGCAGCGUGGGCCCGGAGUGAGACCGUCAUUGAUGAGUGGGACAAGGAGUUCGACCGAGGGAAGGUGAAAAAGGUUAAAAGCUGAAGCGUGAGCGGAGGAGACACUUCAAUCCUUUCCAGCAGCUGCAGAGCAAGCGCAACUUCUGGUCGGUGACGCAUCCUGCCAAGGUGGCCAGCUUGAGCUACCGGCUGUGAGGUGGAAUCUGCACCCCACAGCACUGGGGCUGGAGAAGGAGCCGUGCUUCCUCGGAGCUGCUGCUGCACCCUCGCUGAGGUGCCUGAUGUGGGGGGAGGCUGCAGGAUCCUGGCCAAGGAUGCAGCCCUGUGGAGAUGCAUUCACAUUCCCUGGGUUCCCCUAGGAGCAGGGAUGUGGCUCUUCCCUCUGCCCUGCAGGGGACAAAAUGCUGCCGGGCCCUGUGCUGCUGCCUCUGCCCCCACCGGAGGUGUGGGCUGCUCUCUAUCCCAAGUCACUGCUGGAGCUCCCAGGGACCAGCAGAGCCUAGGCAGGGCUGUGGUCCCUUGCCUUCCAGUGCUGCUGUAUCAGCCAGCCUGGGGGGCUGUCCCCCAUCUUCCCCCCCGCAACCCCAUCACCUCCGUCCUGCCUGGGGC